CAGUCAAACUGUUUUUCCACCAUAAUCAUAAGUAUCGAGGGUUUCAACCAUCUGCCUUUAUCGACACACAGCUCGUGUGAGCGAAACGUAAGCCGUCGGGGUAGUCACACCAUUAUCUUAUCUGAUGUCAGUCCUGUUGUGUGCAGUGCUUCAUGUCUCAAAAGCCUUACGUGAGUGAUCGCAGUUACAUGUCGGCUGCUGCCCUUUGUUCAGCGACUACAUCAUGACACCUGGCGGUUCCAGCCCGCUCCUCUUGAAGCUCCUAGUGCUGAGCCUCCUGUCCACGAUUGUUCAGGGACAGUCAAACAUUACAGGCAACACAGUCCAAGCCAUCAACAACACCGAGUUUCACAGCAGUACUUACGGCGCCACCACAACGGCCCCCUCCACCAUUACUACUGUUACGACGACCCCAUCCACUACAACAACGACGACUUCAACUACGACCACACCGACACUGCCCUCUACAACAAAAACGCCCUCCACUACUACGCCCCCAUCUUUUACUUCUUCAACUAUCCCCUCCUCUGCUGUUAAUAUGACUCUAUCAACUACAACUACAACUCUAUCCACCCUCACCACAGCUGCUACAACGACUCUACCUGCUAUCACCACUACUACGACCCUAUCUUCUACUUCCCCAUCUACUACUACUACAACACGAUCCACUAUUUCUAGUACAACUCCAUCCACUACUACUACCACAACCACCACCACCACCACCACCACAAGGACUAUACCUACUACCACCACUACUCUGACCCCAUCUUCUUCCCUAUCAACUACUACAACAACUCCAUCGACUACUACUACAACUUCAACCACUCUCACAAAUGCUACAAUAACCACAGCUACUACCACCACUAAUCUGACCCCAUCCACUACUUCUACAACUCCAUCGAUCACUACUACAACUCCAACCACUAUCACAAAUGCUACAACAACCACAGCUACUACCACCACUACUCUGACCCUAUCUUCUACUUCCCCAUCUACUACUACAACACGAUCCACUACCUUUAUUACAACUCCAUCCACUACUACCACCACCACCACCACAAGGACUACACCUACUGCCACCACUAAUCUGACCCCAUCUUCUACUUCCCAAUCUACUACUACAACACGAUCCACUUCUUCUACUGCAACUCCAUCCACUACUACUACCACAAGGACUACACCUUCUACCAUCACUACUCUGACCCCAUCUUCUACUUCCCCAUCCACUACUACUACAACUCCAUCGACGACGACUACUACUACAUCUCCAUCCACUAUCAUAACUGCUACAACAACCGCAUCUGCUACCGCCACAACGACGACCCCAACCACGACUAUUAUGUCCUCAGCGAUCUCAUCCAACGCUACCAAAGAAACUACAUCCACUACUAAUACUACAGCGGCUACACCAGCUGCUGCCACAGCAUCUACAUCAACUGUUACCUCAGUGACUGCAACCACUACUACUAGAUUGGCUAUAUCAACUGCUACCCCAGCGAUUCCAUCCACUGCUACCACAACGAAUACAACCACUGCUGCCAGAACCACUCCAACUACAGUAACCACGACUCCAUCCACUACUACCACAACGAUUACAACCACUGCUGCCAGAACCACUCCAACUACAGUAACCACGACUCCAUCCACUGCUACCACAAAGAUCACAACCACUCCAACCACGGCCAGGACCACCCGUGGUCCCCGUAUCUCAGAAAACGCAGAAGGCAAAAACAUUUACAAGCUGAGAGACCCCGAUGGAAACAUACUCCAAGUCUAUAACUUCACUGGGUGCCAUUGGACUGUUCCUGGUGGCGACAUUAAAUGUGCAGAAGGAAGCUACAUUGCCGCCAUAAGAAACAUUUUCUACUUUUUAAAUCCUCAAAAUCUUUCCAAGUGCAUCCUUUGCAGUGUUCCGACAGGAGAAGGUUGCUAUGACACUUGCUGCAGUCGGAAUGAAGUCAACGAAUGCAUAUUUUACGAAGAUCCAACAAAGGACUUGAUCACACCUGUGAAAAUCUGCUCUGUAACAAACUUAUGCCCACAACAAAACUACGGCUGGACUUCCCUCGAUACUGGUUAUAGAAGAUGCUUUCCUGACAUUGCUGCUAAAAGCAAAAUUUAUUCCCAAACAGCAGAACUGCAAUACAUCUGUGUCAAAGGUGAAUGCAGCUUCUUCUAUUUUAAGACAUCAGUUCAGACCACAUAAAAUCAGAAUACUCAC